GGCUCCAUCUCAUUCUGCUAUGGAGAGACAGAUCCCCGUGCUGCGAGUUCGGUCCCAAUUAAUGGAUUCUGACAUGGAUUAUGAGAGGCCAAACGUAGAAACCAUCAAGUGCGUCGUGGUCGGGGACAACGCGGUGGGCAAGACCCGGCUCAUCUGUGCCCGUGCCUGCAACGCCACCUUGACCCAGUACCAGCUCCUUGCCACCCACGUGCCCACGGUGUGGGCCAUUGACCAGUACCGCGUCUGCCAGGAGGUGCUGGAGCGCUCCCGGGAUGUGGUAGACGAUGUCAGCGUGUCCUUGCGCCUCUGGGACACCUUUGGUGACCACCACAAGGACAGGCGCUUUGCCUAUGGCAGGUCCGACGUUGUGGUUUUGUGCUUCUCCAUCGCCAACCCCAACUCCCUGCACCAUGUGAAGACCAUGUGGUACCCGGAGAUCAAACACUUCUGUCCCCGCGCCCCCGUCAUCCUGGUGGGCUGCCAGCUCGACCUGCGCUACGCCGACCUGGAGGCCGUCAACCGGGCACGGAGACCCUUGGCCAGGCCAAUUAAACCUAACGAGAUCCUUCCCCCGGAGAAGGGGAGGGAGGUUGCCAAGGAGUUGGGGAUCCCUUAUUAUGAGACGAGCGUGGUGGCCCAGUUCGGCGUCAAGGACGUCUUUGACAAUGCCAUCCGUGCCGCCCUCAUCUCCCGCCGCCACCUGCAGUUCUGGAAGUCCCACCUGCGCAACGUGCAGCGGCCCCUGCUCCAAGCCCCCUUCCUGCCCCCCAAGCCCCCUCCUCCCAUCAUCAUCGUCCCAGACCCCCCUUCCAACAACGAGGAGCGUCCAGCCCACCUCCUGGAGGACCCCCUGUGCGCGGACGUCAUCCUGGUGCUGCAAGAGAAGAUCAAAAUCUACGCACACAAGAUCUACCUCUCCACCUCCUCCUCCAAGUUUUACGACCUGUUCCUCAUGGACCUGAGCGAGGAGGACCAGCAGAGCACGGCGGGGCAUGGCUUUGGGGCGGCUGUCACUGCGGCCGCCGAGCGGAUGCUGCACCAGGAGGAGAGGCACCACGGGCGGGAUUUCCUCCUGCGGGCUGCCAGCUUCGAUAUCUGUGAGAACACCGAGGAGGCCGGACCCGGCCAGCGCAAACCGUGCCUUAGAGCCUCCACCAGUGACGGUAUCCUGCGGGGCGACCGCUACGAGAACGGCGAGCACGGGCUGCGGCGGGGCCGGAACCUCUCCUCAUGGAGCCGGGCCUUCGCCAGCAUCCAGGAGGAGAUGGCCGAGGACCCGCUGACCUACAAGUCCAAGCUGAUGGUGGUGGUGAAGAUGGACGCGUCCAUCCAGCCAGGUCCUUUCCGGGCCGUGCUGAAGUACCUGUACACGGGUGAGCUGGAUGAGAACGAGCGGGACCUCAUGCACAUCGCUCACAUCGCCGAGCUGCUGGAGGUGUUUGACCUGCGCAUGAUGGUGGCCAACAUCCUCAACAACGAGGCGUUCAUGAACCAGGAGAUCACCAAAGCCUUCCACGUCCGGAGGACCAACCGGGUGAAGGAAUGCCUGGCCAAGGGGACUUUCUCGGAUGUCACCUUCGUGCUGGAUGACGGUGCUAUCAGUGCCCACAAGCCCCUGCUUAUCUCCAGCUGCGACUGGAUGGCCGCUAUGUUCGGCGGCCCCUUCGUGGAGAGCUCCACCAACGAGGUGGCACUUCCUCACACCAGCAAGAGCUGCAUGCGGGCAGUGCUGGAGUACCUGUACACGGGGCAGUUCAGCUCCAGCCCUGACCUGGACGACAUGAAGCUCAUCAUCCUUGCCAACCGCCUCUGCCUGCCACACCUGGUGGCUCUCACAGAGCAGUACACGGUCACCGGCCUGAUGGAGGCGGCGCAGAUGAUGGUGGACAUUGAUGGGGACGUGCUCGUGUUCUUGGAGCUGGCUCAGUUCCACUGCGCCUACCAGCUCGCCGACUGGUGCCUGCACCACAUCUGCACCAACUACAACAACGUCUGUCGCAAGUUCCCGCGGGACAUGAAGGCCAUGUCGGGAGAGAACCAGGAAUACUUCGAGAAGCAUCGCUGGCCGCCGGUGUGGUACCUGAAGGAGGAGGAUCACUACCAGCGGGCGAAGAAGGAGCGGGAGAAGGAAGACUACCUCCACCUCAAACGGCAGCCCAAGAGGCGGUGGCUCUUCUGGAACGCCUCCUCCUCCCCUUCUUCCUCUCCUUCAUCGUCGGCAGCCACAGCCUCCUCUUCCUCCUCCUCCUCCUCCUCCUCGGCUGUGGUUUGAAAGCCCCGUCCUUGCUCCAGCAUCCCUGGGAGGAGACGGGGAGGAGGAGGAGGAGGAGGAAGGGUGGGAUGCCCUGCCCCAGCGCCAGGCGUGCAGCGGCACAAGCCCCGGAGCAGACGGCGGUGGCCGCAGGGGUGGGCCUGGGGAGGGGCUCGGGGCCAGCCCCCAGCGCUCCUGGAGCCCUGCUCUCCCCGCAGCAGCACCGGCAGAGCCCGAGCAGCAGGAGGAACUCGUGUUUACAGGAGCACGAGGGCUGCGCCGUGGUUUCAUUUCGGGAUUUUUGUUGGAAAUUUUGGCUUUUGGCACAUCAGCAGCUUGAGGAAGGAGAAGACAAAGAAGAAGGAGAAGCACUUCCAUUUUGAUUUGGAACCAGAAGCUCUGGGAUGUGGCUUGGGUGUCUGAUGGCAUCUCACCACCUGGAGCCACUGUGGGGGUCCUACCACCCCCUUCGACUCACAGCAGGGUCAGGCACAGGGCAGGGGACCCCCCUGGUCCCCAAAUACCUCCAGGCACUGCAGAAUUUGCCCUACAAGUGGGGUCUGUCCUAAUUCAGGGCACGGAGGGGACUGGAGUCCUCUCUUCCCUGUUCUUAACUCUUCAGUUUUGUUUAGACAGAAACUUAAAGGAAAAAAAACAAAACAACUCCAUCUGAACCCCACUCCCUGAACCUGCCACACCAGAAACCAACACCAAGCUCCCUUGGUUGGCUUGGGAUUUUAGCCUGGAAGGCUCCAUUGUAAUAAAUGGUAUUUUAAAAGCCCGGUGUGGUCCCUGUGUGUGUGGGAGAAGCUGCUGGGCUUGCACAUCCUUGUGCCAGACUUGGGGUGAUGCCAUCACCCUCCUCCAGCACUCCUGGGACGGGCAGGGACAGCGAGGCCUCGAAGGAACCCAAACCCCUGGGGCAACACCGGGUGGCUUUUCCAUCAGACUAACUCUGCAUGUCCCACCUGUGUCCUUGCAGGGCUGCCAGGCAGGGCAGGAGGCACCCAAACCUCCUCACCCUCCCCAGCUGGGAUGGGGACAGCUCCUUGGAGCCCGUCCCUGCCCAGGCUGCUGCUGGAGGAGCACCCGGGGAUGUUCCCGGUGCCAUCCCCUCCUGCUCCCCGCUGCUCCUCUUCCCAGCUGGCCUCGUGGAGCACCUUGGAGCCUCAAAUUCUGCAUGCCCACCCUCAGCCUCAGAUGCAGGAGCGAGGUGGCUCCUCACCCUCGGUGUUCUCACCCUUGGCAGCCCCAGCGAGCAGGUAGGACUGCAACUUUCUCUCCUUUUCACACAACCCGGGCACUCACUGCUGCUUCCGAGCCCUGUUUGCCUUCCCCGGGCCAGGAGCUGAGCCCUGGCGCUGAGCCCUGCAUGUGCCUGGCUCUGCAGGAGCUCCUGCCCAGGUUUGCAUGCUCAGGGGCACAGGAAAACACCCAGGAGUGACCCCCAGGCACGAACCCAACAGCUCCUGCUUUCCUUCCUGGCCCCACGCUGUUAAAAAACUCCCCUUGGCAGUGCAGGGGCUGGAGAGCAGCUCCAGAGGAGAUUCUGGGGGUUGAGCAGAGCCCUUUUCUCACUAAGCACUGCAUGGAUUUGCAACACAGCUACUGCAACACACAGAGCCCUGGCUGGGUGGAGCCCCCCAGGGCAGUGCCACCCCGAGGGACAGAGGGACAGGUGUCACCCCCUGCUUUGGUGGAGGGUAAAUAAAGGCCAGGGUGGUUGCUGAGAGCUUUCCCUGACAGAAGGGAUCCAUGGGGACCAUUCCUGGUGGGAUGCUGGGGUGGCUGAGCAUUAAUUCCAUGGGCUGACUCCUCAGUGCCACAUGGAACAAUUGGUGUCCGCUUGGCCCCUGGUGUCCAGUGAGACCCUGGACAGGCCCUCACCAGAGUUCUGGGGGGAAAAAAUUAAUCAAACCAGAUGAGAAAAUCAGGAGGAUUUUUUUUUUUAAAAAAGUAAACUCUUCCUUCAUAAACAGAGAAAUGUAAAAAACUGGAAAAUAAACUGGCUGGGCCAGAGCUCUGUAGAAAAACACACAACCAUGCA